CUACAGCUGAAACCCUACCAUCAAGCAAAGAGAUUCCAUCACCAUGUCGGAUGACUACAUGUGGUUUGAAGGAAUACCUUUCCCUUCAGCAGGUUGCAGUCAUGAAAUCUUCCGAGAAGUUCGUGAUAAGUUUGUCUUUAAGAAUGAUGAUGUAUUAUUAGUGUCGUAUCCCAAAUCAGGAACAAACUGGUUGAUAGAGAUUCUCAGCUUGAUUCACUCCAAGGGAGAUCCUAAGGAGAUCCAAUCCGUGCCCAUUUGGAACCGUUCACCUUGGAUAGACACUGAGGAAGGAUAUAAAUCAUUAUGUAAUAAAGAAGGCCCACGCCUUAUGACCUCUCACCUUCCCAUCCAUCUCAUGUCCAAGUCUAUCUUCAGUGCCAAGACCAAGGUGAUUUACCUCAUGAGAAAUCCCAGAGAUAUUCUUGUAUCUGGUUAUUAUUUCUGGAAAGAAACCAAUUUGACCAAGAAACCGAAGUCACUAGAACAAUAUUUUGAGUGGUUCAUUCAAGGAAAUGUGGUAUAUGGAUCAUGGUUUGACCAUAUUCGUGACUGGAUGACCAUGAAAGGGAGGGAAAACUUCCUGAUACUGAAUUAUGAAGAGAUGAAACGGGACACAAGAAGUGGUGUAGAGAAAAUCUGUCAAUUCCUUGGAAAGAAGUUAGAACCAGAAGAAGUGAACUUAGUUCUCAAGUAUAGCUCUUUCCAGGCUAUGAAAAAAAACAAGAUGUCCAAUUAUUCCCUCCUACAUGGAAGAUAUUUAAAUAGUAAUACAUUAAUUGUGAGAAAAGGUAUAUGUGAGGACUGGAAAAAUCACUUCACAGUAGCCCAAGCUGAAGCCUUUGACAAAAUAUUCCAAGAGAAAAUGGCAAAUUUGCCUCAAGAGCUGUUUCUGUGGGAUUAAUGUCUAGAAAAUUCUGGAUCUUACAUGAAUACUGAUAACGCUUUCCUCUGUCUUGUGCAAAUGCGCAACUGGGGUGUCAUUACAUAAAACCUAUUAUUUUACCCUGGAACUUGGAAUGACCAAUCUUUGCAUCUUUGACUACUUGCCUGUUAAAAAUUACCAGAGUACACCUCGCUUACUAUAAAUAUUUCUAAUGUUUUAAAUAUAUUAAGUGCUACAGAAAUAACAUAUAUAUAUACUCGUUCUGUCAAAGUAUUUACACAAAUCAGAAAUAAAAUUACUGAAUUA